UAUUCAUUGGUCUACUUGUUGCCACACGUUCCGCUGACCUGUCCGUUCGCCCGCCGGCGAACAUUCCAUAACCGUUGCCGGCCAAAGGUCCUCGACUUCUAUGGAAUAUUGUUUGCGUGGCGGGUUGUGAGCGGAGGGAAAUGGGUGUGGGGCGUGGGGCUACCUGAAGCUCUGGUUUCCGGGUUGUCUCCGCCGUCCCUUCCAGUGUUCUGCCUCGCUCCCCAACGCUUCCCCUCUUGCGUCUCUCUUUCUCGUCCUCUUUUGCUUUGAACCCUUACCUUAACCGGCUAACCCUAAUGCUCUCUCUCCACGAGGGUUUGGAAUUCAGCGUCGAGGGAUCAUCGCUGCUCCCCUUUCUUAUCGGAUCAUCUCUCUUUUUCUGUUUGUCUUUCUUCUAUCGGUUCGGGAGUUCUAAUCCGAUCGCCCGGAUGCUCUGUUUGACAUUUGGAGUGGUUCUUUUUAUGGAGAAACUAGCGGAAAUCUAGCUCACAAGAAAGGGCUUCGAAGAUAAAGAUCAGAUUUUUAUUGGAUGGGGAAUGAUGUGAAUGAAGUUGUGCAAGUGCAGAAAAAUUCUUUUAAUGCAAAGGUCCACGUUUCAAUGUCUUUGGAGCUUACAAAAAUAGUGGAUAGUGUCGUUACAAUUCUUCCUGCAAUAGAAUCAGCUCGGCCAGGACACUCAUCUGGUAUACAGGAGUUAUGUUGUUUACACAAUUCGAUUGAGAAAGCCAAGCUACUUCUUCAUCACUGUGCAGAAUCUAGCAAGCUCUACUUGGCAAUAACAGGGGAAAAAACUUUAUUAAGAUGUGAAAGGAUCAGAAGUGACUUGAAUCAAAGCUUCUGUCGGAUUCAAAAUAUGGUUCCGCCAUUGUUAGCUUCUCAGAUUUCUGAAGUUCUUGAUUAUAUUAGAAAUGCAAAUUUUAUCAUUGAUUCUGUGGAAGAAGAGGCUCGCAGAGCUUUGCUAGGACUGCUUAAGAAGACUAAAGCAAGUGAUGAUUUAGAACUUGAGGCCUUUCAAAUUGCAUGUUCAAGGUUGAACAUCACAUCUCCAAAAGCUCUUUUGAUAGAAAGAAGAGCCAUUAAAAAGCUACGAGAUAAGAUCCGUGAUACUGAGUCUGAAAAAGAGAGGUGGUUGGUUUACCUUCUGCAUCUCCUACAUAAGCAUGGAAAGAACAUGAGGCCUGAUAUUAGUGAGCACAAAGAGAAUGCCAAUGAACAGAGUAAGUCCCUGACUCUAGGGACAAAUGCUGCAUGUGAUUAUGGUAACUCUGAAAAAAAUGAUGAGUCCAGUGAUCAUGGUGAGGCUCAAACUGAUCUAUCAAGAACUACUGCACCUCCUGAGGAAUUUUAUUGCCCUAUUUCAUCAGAAUUGAUGUUUGAUCCUGUGGUUAUAGCCUCUGGGCAAACAUAUGAAAGGAUAUGGAUAGAAAAGUGGUUUGAUGAAGGACAUGAUAUAUGUCCUAAGACGCAAAAGAAGUUAGCAGACCUUUCUAUGAUUCCAAAUUCUUUAAUGAAAGAUCUCAUAUCCAAUUGGUGCGGUAAGCAUGGUAUUAACAUAGUGGACCCAUGCUCGCAGCCUACCCCUGCGACUUUUCGCUCCUGGGAGCCUUCACAUUGCAAUUCCAUAUCAGGUUUGAAGAAUAUUUCUGCACCCUUAUUAGAUGGCAAAACUGGAGAGUACAUAGUCCAAAAUGUCCACAGCAACGUGUCAUGUAUCUCCUCUGAUGCUAGCUACUGUUCAGAUUCAUCCCAUGUUAGGGGCAUUGAGAACCCAAAGGGUAAAUGUGCUCCAUUGUUCCCUUGGAGUGAUGAUUAUCAAAAAUAUCGGUCAUUUUCCAACUUCAACCAUGACAUGUUUCUGAGAUUCUUUUAUGGGCUCUCUAAACUUUCAUUGGACCUCCAAGGCAAAGCGGUGGAAGAUGUGAAAAACCUUUUGGAAGGGGAUGAACAGACCUGUUAUGCUAUGCUUUUCAAUGGUUUUGCAGAAGCACUGCUGCGGUUUUUGAAGAAUGCACAUGAGCUGUCUGAUGUGCAGGCACAGAGAACUGGAGCUCAAUUUUUUCUUGCUUUUCUGAGUAAUAGCAGGGUCGAAAUUCCAUCCCUGGGUGACGAUGUGUUUCAGUUGUUGACAUCCUUUCUUGAUUCUGAAGUAACAACAGAAGCUUUGAUGAUACUCCAGAAGUUGUCUCAUUUUCCGAAGUGUAGAUCUCGCAUUGCGACAUCUGGCAUUGCUUCUUCAGUUAUAAAAUUCCUAGAUUCUGAAGACACCGAAUUUCUAGAGCUUUCCAUGAAAAUCCUUUGUGAUUUGUCACUUCAAAAUGAGAUAAAAUGUCUUAUUUUAUCCUCUGGAUGCAUAUCACAACUGGUAUCGCUUUUGAGUGACAGAAGACUAGCAGAAUUUUGCUUUAAAAUUAUGCAAAACUUAAGUGAUGAUGAAGAGGCUGCAGCAUUGAUUGCCAAUACCGAUGGAUGCCUUGCUGCAAUUGUAGAACUGCUCAAUGGUGGCACUCGUGAAGAACAACAAUAUGCUGUGACUAUCCUACAUUCCUUAUGUACUCACAGUACUGCAAAUUGUUUACUGGUCCUGAAAGAGGGCGUGAUUCCAGCUCUGGUUGAAAUAUCGGUGAAUGGGAAUGCCAAUGGGAAGGUGACCUCUUUGAAGCUGCUUCACCUUUUAAGCGAUAUCAUGCAUAAUGAGUAUCUUGACGGUUCAUACGGUCCGUCCGGAACUAUAUCUGAACCAGCAAAGGAUUCCAUUGAAUGCUCUGCUAGCAAAAAGCAGAGAUCAAAAUCCUCUGUUUUUUUGGGAAAGAAAAUUAAAUUAUUCUCAAAGCUUAGAUCCUCGGCAGCUCUAUUUUAAGCAGUUGGCAAGAUUUCCAGGUAUGACCGACAUGGACAAUAUUUCUUACUCUGACCAGUUAAGAAAAUGUUUUUAUUAGGCCAAAGCUGAAAUCCUGUUAGGUUAAGGCAAGUUUUGUUGGAAUACUUCGUGGGAUGCUCGUCCACAUGUAUUUGCUUUAGUUUGCCGCUUUAUGCUGCAUGUGAAUGUAUAGUCAUGGCAGUGUUGUUUUAUUGUACAAAGGCUCCGUUGUCCUUCUAGUCCCUUUUUGACAUUUGCUGAAUACAAUUGAGUGAUAGGAUAUGGGAAUGGAUUCUUAUAAGCAAUGUCUUGCUCAGCGACAACUCCUGUAAGUUGUAUAAAACAUAAGCUUCAUAAGAAAGCCGGGUUAUGUUAUUCAUUGUGUUGCAAUUUUUUGUCAACAAUACCUUUUUUAAAUUCUAUUAGAGGCCUUAAUGCCUAAUCUCACAGAGAGAGAGAGAGAGAGAGAGACCUAAGGGUGGUCCAAAAUCUUGGGAAUAUUCCUUGAGAUUUGUUUAUGUUUCCCAGCGCUGCCCUUAAGUUUUGCAUGAAUUAUCGCAUGUCCUUCCAUUGUUUGUUGCCAGGCAGGAUGGGAAGUCUUGAUGGAACUUUGCUGUCUUCCAGUUUUCCCUAGUAUCUUUGUGAAAUGGCUGGUUUUGUUGGCUUCAUGGUGCACCUAUCGUGGGUUUUCCAUAGGCAUGGAAGGGACUGGUGUUGUUGAGGAGGGUUUUGGAAGUAUCGUGAUUUGAGUUCCUGUGGAGGGUAACACCAGGUUCGCUUGGCCUCUUGGUGGUAUUCUGGCCGUUGCUUGGUGAGUUUGGUGUAGAAGGGAGGAGUUGCAAGAGAGUUGGUCAGGAUCGAUCUUGAUGUGCCAGCAUCUUCGUGGCGUUCUGGCUGGUACUGUGUUUCUGUUAAGGUGUUCUUGUAGGUAUUUGAUGAAACGUGACUGAAUGGUUGAGUGGCUAGCUCAUUGCUAGGCUGCUCCUAUUAUAGUUGCCAUUGCUCCGACGCUCCUAAGGUGCUUGGAUUGGUUUUUUGCUUGAUCAUUGGUGGUCUCAUUGAGGUGUUCUCAAGGUGUUUGAUAAAAUCUUGCUGAAUGGUUGAGCACCGGUACAUUGCUGCUCCUGUUAUGGUUGCCAUUGCUCCCAACUCCUAUUAAAUGUUUCAAUUGGCUGUCUACUUGACCAUUGGUAUUUUCUUGAUCUCGACUCGUCCAGCACUAUUUUUCCGACAGGAGUUUGAUACCUUGACUCCUCCUGCAGGUCACCUAGAGACCUUUUGGAGAUAGGCCUUAAGCUGCUAGGCCAGCUGUAGCUAUAUUUGAUCCAUACUUCCUUGACCAAGUGGAGCUGACUGUGUUGGUUGAUUUUGAUGGCGGAGAUUGUUGGGGCUUUCUGCUAUGUUUGUGACUGAAGACGGGAGAUUAAAGGAGAUGGCAUUGGUCUUUAGUAUAUGUUUGCGGACCAUUCACAAUAACUGGCAAGUCUUUUUUACGGACUAAAUAAAGCUGAAGGCACUUGAUAUUUAUGCUUGGAAAAAGGACUACUUGAUAGGAUGGAAAACCAAGUUCCUGCAAAGUACGAACCAGUUGCACUGCUUGCACUCAUCAACAUCAUCAACUUUUCCACCUGCUAAGAAAGUUACUGUGGAAGAUCUUAAAUGGAAAAGUCAAGUUAUGCCUGAAAAAGAUAACGUUAAGAAUCAAACAUAUCAGCUAUAAAUAAAAAAAUACUGCCAAGGAAAUAUUUGCAAAUUGCUUAUCAGUCAAUUGAUUUAUAUAAUUUUUCACAAUGAUUUUGUUUUCAUUAUGAGUUGUUUCAGGAUGUCUAUUUUGAGAUUGAUGCACAGGUGAUUUACUGUCCAGUUGAUCAGUUGCUGUAGUAUGAUGGUUGCACAACUAGCUCAGAAAAGCACAUGUCCCACCAUCUGGUAAUUUUGUAUCCUUGUGGAACCAAAACAACGGUAACAAGGUAUAAUUUGUCGGAUUUGUUUUGCAUAAUUUUUCUUUUACAACAACAAUAACAACAACAACAAACAAAAACAUUGCUUCAAAGUUUAGUACAUUACCAAGCCAUCUUUUAUGAAUUCAAUCGAUAAACAUCUUUUAAGGUACAAGCUCAGACUCACUGUACGAGAUCACACUGAUUAAGCACAUUUUGUCUUAUUUGGACAACCAGCACUGGUGGUGCUUCGACGUCCGCUUGAACUUGUCCAACAAAUGACAGCGGAGGUAUGAUCUUUCCUUUGCAUAUUAUUUGAAUUGAUAGACAUGAUUUUUUUAGAUAUGGUGACCUUGAUUAGUUUAACUCAUCUUUUUAUGAGCUUUACAAUCAUGUUCAAAAAUGUGAAGGACAGCAGUACAUAUUCCGGAUUCAUAUUAGGAAACAAUUUUAGCUUUUCAGAGUAUGGAGCGUAUACUGCCAUUACACCCGAAAGAAUUAUCUGAAUUAUCUGAGAUUAUGUACGAGCACAAGUUAUUGCACCACCUGCACUUGAGACACUCCCCAAUGAAGAAGAAGACUCAACCGACUCUCAGACUGAAUAAGGAUCAACAUAUAAGGAAACUGAAUUUAGGCUUUAGGCUAUCAGAGUAGAUAACAGAAAAACUUCUCUCAGGCUAAUUUUUGUUCUUUGGCACGUUUUUGGUUAUCCCUGAACUAGUUUUGAAGACACCAGCUUUUCGUUUAUACACAAAUUAUAGUUGCUUUUUUGAUUCCUGUAACUACUAUAACGUAUACUUUUGUCAAUGUAGCUUGGAUAUUAUAGAGUCAAGCAGUGUUUUGCUUGCAUUUGAUAAACAAAUAGAUUCUACAUGCUAAUUCAAAAUCUCGCGUUGGUUCCGUGAAGGUAUGGCUGGAGCAGGUUAUGUUAACAGGAAUUAUAAGGGUCUGUUGCUGGUGGCUUUGCAGGCAAGGUUGGUUCCCAAUGCUGAAUCAACUGCUGCCUUGAAGGGAUUAUACUUGCACUGGAGCAGUUGAAAGCUGAUAGAAUAUGGAUAGAAGACUUUAUAGCUCAGUACAGAAUGCUUUAGUUAUUGCCUUGGUCUUCAUCCACUGCUUCGGAUGCCUUCUACCUUGUUUUGGUCUCAGGAUCCGUCCAGCCAAUCCAGUGACGGGUGCCAACCGUCUGCGUGCUCGUUGGCGGCUCCAAACUAUAUGAAGCUGGAGGUAGAUUGAUUCAAUUUCGAAAGUUAUAUUGCAAGUCAUUGCAUCCUAUGAUUUUGAUUGCUAGAGUAAUCACAUUCUAUUAUUACCGAUGUACCUUCUUCUUGAUAAAAUUGCAACCUCAAUCAAGCCAACUUUUUUAUCACUUCUCUGCUUCCUUUUCCAUAAUGUAAUUUUAGGGUUUGAUUGGGGGACUUGUGGGCUAACAUUAGGGAUCCUGUGGGCUAACUUCCAUCAAAGGAUCAUCAGAGGAGUGAUAAAACUGAAGACCAGAAUGAAAGCAUCUAAAGCCAGUCCCAGCUGGCUCUCUUCAUGACCUUCUUGACUUCUUUCUGAAAAGCCUUUCCCCACCAAACCCAAUCAGACACAAUGAAGGAACCAUUUUGUCCCCACCAUCGUUACAGUUGUGGAAGGCUUUGGGCAGGGCCCAACAUCAUCCCCUUCAGAAAGAUUGAUGAGGACAAGGGUACUUGGAAGCCAACAGACCAACCCAAAAAGAAUCAUAAAGGUGGGCAUCUCAUGACCAGCAAAAUUGUGGAUCCUUAUGAUCAUAGUUAUCCAAGGUCACUCAGUCUCAUUUCUGCAAUGGGCCAUGGGAUGAUAGUACUGGAAGGUGGUAUCUUUGAAGUUUAUUAUGUGGCCAGAAGGAUGCAAGCAUUGUAGAACUGAAUUAAUAUUUGGGUGUUCUUGGGGGUUGAAACAAAUAUAGUAGCAUUCCUCAUCAAUGAUAGAUAUUUAUAAAUUAGUUCUUUGCAUACUCCUAGUCCUACUGCCAGGACUCGCAUAAAUAUGUCGGUUCAUUUCAAUUAACUGACGAGUUCUUGUUCUUAUAUAUCUAAAUAUUAUGUCUCCUCUAACUAGUUGAUACAUCUCUUAAUUUCUAAAAAUGAGUCACCAUAACCUUAACUGUAAUUAUCCAGCCUAUUUCCAAUUAUUUGAGGUUUGCUUUGUAGAUCGUCAUAGGCCAUGUAGAUUCAUUUCAUAGUUAUUAAAUAUUUUAUUUAGCGGGUCGGUCUAUUUGAUGUCCUAUUUUCCUUAUCCAAGUUUGUGACUGACCGUAGCAGUUUUUUCUAAAGAUUAAUUAUCAAUUAAAUAAAAACUUUGUGGCAGUAUAUUUCAUGUGCAAUCGCAGAAAUUUUCAUGUGUAGUGGCUUGUCCGACAAAUCCAUUACUUGCUUUCUAAGUGAUAAAUAUGGUCCAAAUUUAUCAUGUCGCAAAAGUGGCUGUUGACUAAGUGACUUCUGAUCCUUUAGGCCAUUUCUGGCUGGGGGGCAAUGAAUAGCGAUGCUAAAACUGUUGCACGACUAUUCAAAGGGAUGGGGAAAGAGAUAAAAUAGAAUAAAUACUCACAUUGAAGUGGACUGAAGAAGGGCAAGGGUACAGAGGCCAGGAGGGGGAGAUGAGGAUGGAGAGAAGUUGUUAGAACGGUGGGAAGCAGAGUGGCCACCAUGGCCAGAAGAAAAUGGGGACAAUCCCACAUGUACAAGGUGGGUGGGAGAGGGUCUCAUCCAGAAAUCUCCAAUCCUGUGCCCUGUUGCUUUGGCCCAUAUGUUCCCAGUUCUAAGGAUGUGAUGCCUCAAUCAAGCUGUGCCAUUUAUCACACUUGGUCUUUUUUUUUUCUUUUCUUGAAGAACACACACUCAGUCUUCAAUUGUCGGGUUUGAUUUAUGCACCAUAUCAAGAUAGGUUUUAUGCGAAUUUUUGGAGAUCGAUCAUCCGGUUACUUUUCAGAUUUUUUUUUUUCAAAAGGAAAACAUGUCAUAAAACUUGAAAUAGAAGCUUUUUAUUUUUUUUGAAUGGACUUGAAACACAAGUUAUGUUGGAAAAAUGGUUUUCCUUGUUAUUCAUUAAUCCUGUUUUACAAAAGUAUUAUGAUCAUUUGCAUAAAUACAAAUCAUGGAUAUCCGAACAGUCUUGAGCAUUUUAAUUAGUUUUCUGAUUUCCUGAUUUUCUAUUUCGAAACUGCUUCAGGGAAUACCAACAUCAACAUGUAUAAGUUCUGAUUUCCUCCGAAGCAAAAAAAAAAAAAAAAAAAAGUACUGGCUUCGAGGUUCCUCUUAUCUUGCUUUGCAUGUCGUAUUAAAUUAACUUGUUAUUUAUACUUAAUUUUAUUCUCAUAGUGGAUUCGAUGAACCAAAAGGUGAGCUAGGCAUGAUUGUUGCUUCAUCUUUUUCAUUCUCUAUCUUGGACUAUUGAUUUGAAGGUUUCAGUUGGAAAUAAAACAACAUACCACACUGAGCGAGCAAGUGAGUAUGUCCAAAGUUUCAUACGGUUAUGCAUCAUCCAUUCAUUUUACAUUGAUAUACAUGGAGCUGAUCUCAACCCUUUCAAAGUCAUGUGAUGCCAUUUCUUAGUAGCGGUUUUUUAUUCUCAUACAUUCUCUUUUGGUCACCUCCUCUAUGGAAAGGACAAGUACAAGACAAAGGGACCCAAACUGAUAAGCAGCACUACCAAAGGUGAUCCUGUUGGGUUGGGAAAGGAUCAAAUCAAAUCCAAAAGGAGAGGCCUGAGGACCUGUGGAUGAGAUAGCAGGCACUGUUCCCAAGGCAGAGCCUUUCUUGGUGGGGCUGGGGAGUUGGGGUACCUAACUUUUAAAUACUUGUCCUCGACCUGGCUCUGAUCUCCAACAAAAAGAGAGAGAUGCAUGCACCCUUCCCAAUUACAUAGCAAGUCAGAGAACAACUCAACCUCCACUGGUACCUAGUCGCUUUUAUCCCUGUGGGAAAGCUCAGAUGUUAUCAAGCACUCAUUUGCUUCGAGUCUGCCAAUGCAUGUUAUCCACACAGGAGGGGAGGGACCCAAGACAGCAAAAGCUAGGAAGAAGGAAAGUAUGAACCAAUAACAAGGAAAGAAAUGCUAAGAGGCUUGAGUUUAUGGCCUUUGCAAUCUCUUAACACAAGAAUCCAUGGUGCUUGACAUGGUGUCGAAUUUGGUGAAGUGUUGUUACUGCACCGGCCCUUGAAUAUCUAACGCAUGGAGCAAUAGUAGUGGUUGUUCAAUUUCUAGGAUUUCAUUAUUAGCGUUCUUUCCCCCCUUGAAUCAACCUUUAUAAUUAAUUCUUUGGUUAAUGUGGAACUCUUGCUAAUUCCUUCAUAAUUUGGAUGCUCUCACUUUAUAUGAAAA